AUGGAGGCGGACAAAGGCAUGGCCCGAGUGGUUACAGAAGAAGCGUGUAGAUUCAUAGUUGACUGUCUGCACGCUGCAGGAGCUAACCAAGAAGUAGCAGUACAACAGGCAAAACUUCUCAUCGAGGCAGAAAAAUUAGGUCAUCCUAGUCAUGGCAUGAAUAGAUUAGAAUUUUAUAUUAACGACAUUUUAAGUGGCGCUUGUGAUCCCAACAACAAGCCGACAAUCCUGAAGGAGACGGCCUCCACUGCGUGGAUUGACGCCAAGAAUGUCCUCGGCGCCACCUCCAGUCACUUCGCAAUGGAUACAGCUAUGACCAAGGCACGACAAACUGGAGUCGCAUGGGUUGUUGUUAAAGGAGCAAAUCACUUUGGUAUAGCUGGUUAUUGGGCACAAAAGGCUGCUGACCAAGGACUUAUCGGCAUGUCAUUCAGCAAUACGUCACCUGUCUGUGCACCAACAAGGAGUAAAGAGGCGGCGUUGGGUACUAACCCGUUUUCGUGUGUCGCCCCAGGGUCAUCUGGUGAAUCUUUCUACCUCGAUAUGGCUACUACUGCUGUUGCUCUUGGAAAGAUAGAAAUGCAGAUACGUAAAGGUGAACCAAUACCACCAGGAUGGGCCCAAGGACCUGACGGCAACGAAACACGAGAUGCACAAUUGGCUUUCGAUACAAGGUGUUUGUAUCCUCUUGGUGGUAGCGAGUUGACGUCAGGUUACAAGGGAUACGGACUAGGCGCUAUGGUCGAGCUAUUUUGUGGAAUACUUGGAGGUUCAAAAUAUGGGCACUACAUAAGAGCUUGGUCUCAUGAAAGUGACGGUACACCAGCUGACCUCGGCCACUGUUUCGUCGCUAUUGACCCUAACUGCUUUGCGCCUGGAUUUGGAGAUCGUCUGACUGACCUCGUCCAACAUUGGAGAAAUUUGGAGCCGAUGGAUCCAAAUUUGCCAGUUUUAGCUCCCGGUGACAAAGAAAAAUUAGCAGCAGCCAAAUCUGAUGAAACAGGCACGAUAUCCUUUGUACCACAACAAAUCGAAUCAUGCCUUGUUCUAGCAAAGAAACUCAAAGUUAAACCCAUGGAAUGUUUAUAA